UGAUCUGGUCACUGUUGGAAACAGGAUAUUGGAUUAUAUUCUUUGAUAUUGUUGGGAAGUAAUUUACAUGGAAUUAUAUACUGCAGAGUAUUUGCAGAGUAUUUAGCAACGUGGGCAGAAAUUGGAAUCUUCUUGAUACAGGGAUAGAUAACAUUUUGUUCUAGCUCACAGUUGAUGACUCUUUUUGUUGGAAAUGCAAAAGAAUGAACCUAGGACCUUCUGCAUGCAAGCAUGUGCUUCCCCACUAAACUAUAACUGCUUCUCAGCUUUUAUAAUGCUCAUUAUCUCAGCUGGAAUGUAGCAUUUGAGUCUGCUGAACAUUUAGCACUUCUGAUCAUCUGGUGGAACUAGCGUGUGUAUGUGUCUUUGCUCAGUCCCCUCAGUCCCUAAUGAAUCAGGUAAGUCCUUCACCUACCAGAUUUAGGUUUCUGUACCACACAAGUUAACUGCUGUAAGUAUAUUGUGUUUUAAUUGAAAAAUGGAAGUUAAUCUGAUUAUUUCUUUCAUUCAAAAGACAGCAGAGAAGAAUCUGUUCUUGGAAGCAUACCAUUACCUAGUUAUGUAAUUUCACCGGUGGGACCUGAAGAUCAUAUAAAUCGCAAAUAUUCCUUUAAGGCUGUCCAUACAGGCAUGAGGGCUUAUAUUUAUAAUAAGAGUUCUGUUAUUGGCUCUCAGGCAGAGCAUUCAGGGAUGCGCACAUACUACUUUAGUGCAGAUACUCAAGAAGAUAUGAAUGGCUGGAUCCAGGCUAUGAAUCAAGCUGCUCUUAUGCAAACACAUUUUUCACCAAAGAGAGAAACAGGAAAAACAGAUCACCAAGCUGUCCCUCAAGCUAAUCAUAUUGAUGCCUGCAAAGAAGUUACAAAGUUAGAACCUGCUGAUGCAAAAAGAGGUUACAGAAAAUCACCCGAAAGCUCUGCAUAUGGCAAACAUGAAGAAAUGAAAAAAGCAAGAGAUGAUGAACAUUACACUGUAAGGAAGAAUGCUGUGGAUUCCAGAUGGGAGAAACCUAAACAUCUGUUAGAACCUGGUGGAACACUGAAUCCAGCGUCAAGUAUCUCUCGGCCUCAAGCAACUCAGACUCUUGAGAAGAAUGGAAUGCUUCCCAGUUCAUUAAAUACAGGUCCAGUAGAGCAGAAUGGUAUCAGUUUCUAUAAAAGAGGCUUUAUUCCCAGAUCAACACAAAAUAAGGAGACACAAAAGAAAAGUAACAUGGCUCACAUAGAACAUUGGGUAAAAUUCCAGAAAGGAGACACAAAAAGUCUUGCAUCUGACCAGACUCUUAUUCGCCAAGUACCAAGCCAUUCUGUAUCCUUUCCUGAAAAUUAUCAUACUUUGCCAAAGAAUACUAGGCAGCCUUCAGGAAGCUCACCUCCUGCAAAUCGUGAUUUGCCAAGUGACUACAAAUAUGCUCAAGACCGGGUAAGCCACCUGAAGAUGUCUCAUGAUGAGAGAAAAGCUAACAAAGAUGGUACUGUAUGGCAGCUCUAUGAAUGGCAACAAAGAAAGCAAUUUAAACACGGGAGCCCAACUGCACCUGUUUAUAUCAGUUCUCCAGACUUUACAGAUUGUAGUAAGGGAAGAAGUUCAUUAGAAGUUCCACGUUCAGUUUCUGUUCCCCCUUCCCCAUCUGACAUACCUCCACCAGGACCACCUAAAGUUUUUAUACCACGAAGGCCACACACUCCCGCAGAAAGGGUUACUGUCAAACCAUCUGAUGAGAGACAAGCAAUAGACCCUUUUGUUGGUUCACCACGGAAGAUUCGAAACCAAACUCUAAAAAACUCAGCACACAUAGAUAGGCGUUCCAUGCCUACAAUGGGAUAUAUGACGCAUACUGUAAGUGCUCCAAGUUUGCAUGGGAAAUCGGCUGACGAUACCUACAUCCAGCUAAAGAAGGACCUUGAAUAUUUGGAUCUGAAGAUGACAGGGCGUGAUACAAUAAAAGAACGACAUGCAAAACCCAUCAAAAUUGGAGAAAGUGAUAUUGAUGUAAAACUAAGUGUCUUCUGUGAGCAAGACAGGAUUCUGCAAGACCUAGAAGACAAAAUAAGAGCCCUUAAAGAAAAUAAAGAUCAGCUGGAAUCUGUCUUGGAAGUGUUACAUAGACAGAUGGAACAAUACAAAGACCAACCACAACACACAGAAAAAAUUUCAUAUCAACAGAAACUUUUGCAGGAAGAUCUCAUACAUAUUCGGGCUGAAAUAUCCAAAGUAUCUACAGAAAUGGAAAAUGCCUGGAAUGAAUAUUUGAAAUUGGAAAAAGAUGUGAGCCAGCUGAAGCAAACUCUGCAAGAACAGAUGAAUAGAUCGUGUUUUUCUCAGGAGAAAACUCAAAUGCAAAAAGAUUUAUGGAGAAUUGAAGAUGUUACAGCUGGCCUAAGUGCAAAUAAGUCCAACUAUAAAGUCAUCAUUGAAUCUAUCAAGAAUCCAGAACGAAAAACAGUGCCUUCAUUUUCAAAGCCUCUAGUGCCUUCAUCAUCAUCUACUCUCAUGUCAACUGACAGCAAACUUUCUACUCAGCGAAGUCCACCAUCUAGUCCUAUCAAGCCCUCAUUGGAAGUCAGACUUUUUUCUCAGCCUUAUACACAGCCCAGAAUGUUCUCUCCAUCUCAACAAGUGAAAAAAGUUGAACCUCCAAUCCAGUCACCAGUAAAAUUAAAACCAAAGGUUGAAGAUGAAGCACCACCAAGACCUCCUCUUCCACAGUUGUAUAGCCCUGAUGAUAACCCACCAGCUGUUCCACCUCUUCCUAAAGAAGCUACUGUAAUAAGGCACACGUCAGUGCGUGGUCUCAAACGUCAAUCUGAUGAAAGAAAACGAGACCGUGAACUUGGACAGUAUAUAAAUGGAGAUUACAGGGUAGAACUCCGCUCAUAUGUGAGUGAACCUGAAUUGGUAACAAUAGGCGGUGAUCUGAGCCAACCUUCCAUUGGUUUUCUUGGUACUGACAGUAGAUACCAAACAUUACCUAGCAGAGGAUUAUCUGGUUCAACUUCCAGACUCCAUCAGUCAUCAUCAACAGUUUCAUCAUACUCAACACUUCGUAGAGAUGCUUCCAAGGAGAGACCAAAGAGUGCCUUGGAACGUUUAUACUCUGGAGAUCACCAAAGAGGAAAAAUGAGUGCUGAGGAACAACUAGAAAGAAUGAAGCGACAUCAAAAGGCAAUAGUUCGUGAACGCAAAAGAACUCUUGGUCAAGGAGAAAGACACUCUGUCUCAUCACGAUCAUUCGUCCAACCUGGUUCUGCAGACAUAGGCUCAUGGAAGCGGGAGCAAGAAUUUGACUUGCAGUUAUUGGAAAGAGCAGUAUGUACAGAACAAAAAAUGGGCAAUAAUUGGUUAAAAAUCGAGCCUGUUGCAGUAACAGAGACAGAUCUAGAGCCUGAAGAUUAUAACUUGGAUAUUAGCAAAGAGUUGUCAAAACCGGAAAAGGUUGCAAUUCCAGAACGUUACGUUGAGAUGGAGCCUGAAGACCCGCUCACUCCUGAAGAAUUAGCAGCAAGACACCGUAAGGCAGAAAAAAUAAGGCAUAUUCUUACCAAAUCAAGUAUGCACAACCUGCAGCCCCCAAGUCAGGACAAGUACAACUCUUCUAAUUUAGAUUCACAACUACAUGAGCAAGAACGCAUAAUUACCAUCUCAUACGCACUGGCUUCUGAAGCCUCUCAGCGGAGCAAAGAGGUGGCAGCUCCUCAAUUGACUUACCCAUCUAAAGCACCCUCACCUUCUGUACCUCAGCCACUCCCCUUAAGCAAUGGAUUUCACUACACAUUUGUCUAAACACCUUGAAACCAAAGCAGUAACUGAACAGUGAUUCCUGGAAUGUGCCAGUAACAAUCAUCUAAUGAACAGAUGCAACCAGGAUGAAGGAAGAGGCAACCCCAUGUUAGCCUUCUAUCAUAAUUGUUCUCAUUUGAACAUGUUUUAGAAAUAAAUACAGAGAAUGUUUGUACAAAAAAAAAAGAACAACUUUGUAUAAGAAAAGAAACCAGAUAAAUUAACAGAACUUUUAAUUUACUAUAUAAAAUGUGUGCAGUGGCCAUAAUUCACCACGUGGUCAGGCGUAUUCAGGUCCUGCUGAUGUUCAUCGAUUUCACAGGUUUAGUGUGCUGGACUAAAUGACAAUGAAUUUUUAGAAACAGAAUAUGUAUUAGAUUCGUUGUUAAACCCAAGGGCUGCAUAUGUUUAAAAGUUUGGGUGCAUACUACGAAGAUGCAUAUUAUUUCCUUUGGAUUUUUGUUUUUAGAAAGGAAAUUUUUGAAAACCAUUAUACCAUUACACAGAUAUACAGUGAGUUUUAAUAUAUAUUUUUAGAGUGGAUAAUGGCUUUGUAACCACUGUUUAACAAUCAGAUGCAAUUUUAUUGAAGCAAUCAACAUUUCAAUCAUUCUGGAUCUCAUACAAAUACCAAACCCAGAUAUAAAACUUGCAAAAGAUGGACCCAUUUUAAUAAAUAAAUUGUACAGCCUAUUAUAAUUGUGAAUAAUUAUAGACCUCUUUCCUGUGAAUACGUGACGGCACUAAUCUAACAACACUGUCCACCUGUUGUAAAAGCAAAUCCAUUUUUUUGUAUCAACUUUGAGUCUGGGCAAUGAAAUAUAUAAGAUGCAGUCCAGUCCCUAUUCCAAUGUAAAUGCAACUGGUAUGCAAUUUCUCCUCUAGCACUUUUCCCGUUUGUUAGAGCGGGAGCCUAAGAUACAUAUGUCUGGAUCUGUUACUCAAGCUUCACACGUUCAUCACAUUUGUCACAUGGAGGACAUAAGUUACGCACAAAAUCUCAUUUUUUGGAAAAAAGGACUGCAGUGUCCAUCUCUGUGCAUGUUCAGAAGAAGGCUGUUCUUUAUCGAUCCCUCUAGGAAGUGCUCUAUCUAAGGGUCCUGCAUCCAAAGCGGGGUUAGAUCACCCACUUUAAAAUGAAAUAUUUAAAGUGACCAAUACAACGAUUGAUUUAUCAUUUUACUCAAAUAUGUAUUUUCUUUAUAAUCAGUGUUUGCAGCAGCAGCAAAAAAUGAUUUAUUGUCCACUAUUUAUAAUUUACUAUGCUGAUUGAGCUCUUGGCCCAGACUGCUAAAAUUUGAAGUACAAUAUCUCUUCUUGGGCCCUGGGCAAAAAGCAGGCUAAUAAAAGCAGCUAAUGAUUUUUUUUUUUAACUUGAAGGCUUGUGUGUGAUAUUCAAAAUGUGGGCUGGCAGCUGUCUAGUAUUUCGUUCAUACUGACUGCAGAAGUGAGCCCCCACACACAAGCACUAAAUUGUCAAUGAAUUGCAGCUUUCUAUUACAGUAUUCUAUUAUACUAAAUAUAUAUUUAAAAAAUCCUAAUCAUUUGGAAUAUUUAUGAUUUAAGCCAAGGUGGGCUCACAUUUGGGUUGGAGACAAGAUUGGCCUCUGGAAGACUCUUUGGGCCUAUGCUAAGUGAUGGGGCAGUGACACACUCACCCUUUCCCCCAUACAUCUCACUCUUAAGGGGGGAAGGAUUUAAUCCUGCUCCUCAACUGUGAUCUGAUGUGCUCUAUUCCUGCCAGUAAUAUCAGCAGGCAAAAAGCAGCUUUACUAAGAUUACUCUAGGGACAUGAAAAAGUUUUAAACUCUUUCUUUCCUCCAUUGCAUUGUGGGGAAGAUCACAGAGGGAGAUGAGAUAAAAGCCUCCCACCACUUUGUCAUGGUAGAGAAACAGCUGCCAAAUGCUAGAAUAUUUCCUUGCUGUUAACAAUGCAAAUUGAGUCGAUUUGGGAGUGAAAGUUAAUUUCACCCCUAUAUAGCAAUCCUGGUGAUAAUAGGCCAUACAAGAAUUAUUUUCCCCAACUACCUGUGGUCCAACACAGUCUGCGCGAUGAGGUAUGGAUUGAAAUUAGCGAGUUGGUGCAAAUAUGGAUAUUCACCACAAAAUUACAUUGUAGUUUUCUAGCAGCCACAGGUUGCCUAUGUGUAAUAGAUGUUGUUGCCUUAAAACGGACCUAUAACAUCAUUAUUUCUACAUGUAAGCCUCUGUCCUUGGACUAUCUUUAUGAGGAAAACUCCACACCACACCUAGCUGUGCUGUAAAUGAUGCAGAGAUCCAUACUGGUAGCUACUAUCAAUGUGCAAUUGUUCAAAGUUUUAAAUGGGGCAAAAGUAAAAUUGGCGGAGUCUUUUAUAUAAAAGAUGAAACAUGUAGUUUUUCAACUGGUUGAUACAUUGUUUAGUAUAAUGCAAAAACUGACAGAUUAAGUAAAUUCCUAAAAUCUACUGUGAAAAACCACAUUUGUGUAUGGAGAACAGAAUUUCGCAGGUAGCAAAGUCUGUGUUCAUGAUUUUCCAUACAUCCUUAUGAUCAUAGCCAUUAAUGGUAUCCUUGAGUUUUAAUGAGUUGUAUCAAUGUAGAGGGAGUGUAAUAUGUGAGGAAUUACUGUGCGGAAAAAAAUACCUCAGGAUAUCACUUCUGUGCUGGCUUCUCACAAUAAGAUUUGCAGAGCUGCAUGUUGUCUUUGAUUUGAUUUUGUUCUUUGACAGGAGCACACGACGCAGCAAACUAAUUUUGAGAGUUUGAAGUACUUUAAAAACCUCUUUGUGUUGUUGCCUUGCGGCUGCCAUUCAAUGAAAACAUGUUUCCAGGAAAGUAUUCACACGAACAAAACACUUUCUCUAUUACAGACCAUACCUAUUAUGUAUUUAUUUGUAGAAACGAGUCCCUAAUUAUUUGUUUCAGACUGGAGUGGAAUUAUUAAAACAAAUGUGGAAAAUUCAAAUAUCCAAUAAUAAAUGGGCAAAGUUAAUACUUUGAGAGGCAUAUACAGUUCCAUCUGAGGAAGAUGCUAUUAAAUUUAAACCAGGUCUGAAUGAAGUAGUAUUAUCUUGUUUUGACACUUGUAAAAGUCAGUGAGUGUCGUCCAGGUUUAUUUUGGACAAAAUUCACCUAUCCCAAGUGAUAGCAUAGAUAGUUUUUUUUACAGCAAAAUUGUCUCUCAAAGAAAAAUUCAUAAGAAUGAUAGUGUUAACUUUUCCCUUAGACUUAUUAUUUGCUUGUGUUGACAUAUUAACACAAGCAAAUACAAGCCUGCAUUGCUAAUUCUCUCCCUUAAGAUUGGUCAAGAAAUGUAAUUGGACAUACUUAUUCAAGCAGCUGAAAAAUUACACAAAGAGAAACGUUCGUUUCUAUUUUCCUUUCCUUCAUUCAUUCAAGAGAUACAAUUUCUACCUGACUUAGGUCUCUUAUCAAAUGGUAACUAUGUUGAAAAUUAUUUUUUAAACUUGUAUUCUAUUUUGACUAUAUUUAGAAACUAUUCUUGAUAAAUGUAUUUAGAAAAUACAAUAUAUUUUAAUUGAAUACUGCCAGUGUCAAGCACGUAACAUUUUGUCAAAAUGAUACUCUUUUUUCCUUUAUUAAAAUGUUGACAUAUUUUGCAAGAAAAAUUUAAUUUAAAUGAAAUGUAACAAUUUGAAGACAAAAUAUAUGUACAUAUUAAACUAUUAACAUUAUACUUGA